CUUUGCUCGUCCGUCCCAUCCAUCGACGCCUCUCGCCCCCUGCUCCUCCUCGCCACCCAACGCCCACUUGUCUUCCCGUAGAGCCAGCAGUUCCGGCGCCUCGGCAAUGGAGGACGGCCGGAGUGAUGCCAAGGAGGCCAGCAUGAUCGAGCUGGCCGCGUCCUUGGAGAAGGUCCGCCAGAUCGAGGGCGGCGGCGACGGCAACAAUGUCGACGGCAACAAGAAGCUGUGGGGGCUCCUCCGGCUGUUCAUGGCCUGCAUGGUCUCCGGCGGGAUCCAGUACGGCUGGGCGCUGCAGCUCUCCCUCCUCUCGCCCUACUCCCAGACACUUGGGAUUCCCCACCAGUACGUCUCCCUGACCUGGAUCUGCGGCCCCAUCGCAGGAUUUGUGGUGCAACCCAUCGUGGGCUACUACAGCGACCGGUGCACCGCCAGGAUGGGCCGGCGGCGGCCCUUCAUCCUCGUCGGAUGCAUCAUAAUCUGCGUCUCGGUGCUCCUCAUCGGCUUCUCUGCGGACAUCGGGCGCGCGCUCGGCGACACCAAGGAGCACUGCAGCGUGAGCACGGGCCCUCGAUGGGCCGCCGCCGCCAUCUACAUUGUUGGCUUCUGGUUCCUCGACUUCGCCAACAACACCGUCCAGGGGCCUGCUCGUGCCAUGAUGGCCGAUCUUUCCGCUGGGAACCAUGGCCCCAACGUCGGCCAGGCAGUCUUCUGCCUGUGGAUGGCCAUCGGCAACGUCCUCGGCUACACGGCCGGCGCCAACGGCAAGUGGCACGAGUGGUUCCCUUGGCUGAAAUCCUCGGCGUGCUGCGACGCUUGCGCAAACCUCAAGGGCGCCUUCCUCACCGCUGUGCUCCUCAUUAUCAUCAGCAUGACGGUCACCAUGUACCUCGCCGGCGAGAAGCAGCUCGACAAGGCCGACGUCCAGGCCGCCUCCGGCCGCGGCUGCCUCUCCGCCUUCGGCGACCUCUUCAAGAGCUUGAAGAACCUCCCCCCUUCCAUGUUCAAAGUGCUCGCCGUCACGGCCAUUACCUGGCUCGCCUGGUUCCCCUUCUUCCAGUACGACACCGACUGGAUGGGCCGGGAGAUCUACCACGGCGUGCCGCAGGGGCCCAAGGCGUCCGUCUACGACGCCGGCGUCCGCGAGGGCGCCAUCGGCCUGCUCCUCAGCUCCAUCACCCUCGGGGCCACCUCCUUCCUCAUCCCCAAGCUCUGCCGCAAGCUCACGUCCAAGGUCGUCUGGUCCAUCAGCAACUUCAUGGUGUUCGGCAUCAUGACGGCCAUGGUCGUCGUCGGCUUGAUCUCCACCAAGGGGUACAACGCGGCCCUGACCGCCAACCUCACCGGGCCCGACCCCAAGCUCAAGGCCAUCGCGCUCACGCUCUUCGCGCUCAUCGGAAUCCCGCAGGCCGUGCUGUUCAGUGUGCCAUGGGCUGUUGCUUCUGAGGUCGUUGCCGCGGAGGAGGAUGAUGGCCAAGGCCAAGGCCUCGCCAUUGGUGUCCUCAACAUUGCCAUCGUCGUGCCACAGUUGAUCAUCGCGCUCACCGCCGGGCCCAUCGACAAGGCCUUCGGGAAGGACAACACGCCGGCAUUCGGCAUCGGCGGCGCCUUCGCCUUCAUCUGCGCCAUCCUGGCGCUCAUCCUGCUCCCCAAGACAAGGGGCAAUUCCAACGCCGCCGUCAUGGCCGGAGGGCACUGAUAUGGCGGUACAUCUUGAGGAGAGCCCGGCGGGGACUUGGGCUGCAAACUACAGUAGUUGUUCUCUAGCUAGCUGAUGUCGAUAUAUAUGUGAGCCAAGGUCGUGUUUCUGUUUUCAUUUCCACUGCCGUUUGUUCAUUCGUCAUGCUUUUAGCUGGGACUGGGACUCUGGGAGUGCAGUGGUAGAGGACGAGACGAGUUCCCUGGUCGCAAUGUUUUAGUUGUUCUGGGAACCUCUUGAAAAAAUUCAAGUGAGAUGAACAUUGGUAAUCUGUACCGAUUUAAUAUAUUUGCGCGUCAUGGAGAGUAAUCUCCAGACAUUAAUAUAUUUUGUUUGCUCAAA